AAACACUUGUGUUAAUCUCUCCGUCUCUUUUCUCUCUCUCUCUCUUUUUUACACAUCUACCGUCUCUUUCAUAUCCCAAGUCAACCAUUGUAUCAACCACAUACAUCUAUUGGGAACCCAUACACAACAAUGUCUCUCCAGGUCCCUUACCACACCAAAGCCAACGGGGCUGCUGCUGGCGGCGCAACCAAGGCCGUCAUCCUGGUCGGCGGUGCCUCGCGCGGUACUCGCUUCAGACCCCUUUCCCUCGAUGUCCCCAAGCCCCUCUUCGACGUUGCCGGCCACCCCAUCAUCUGGCACUGCCUAACCGCCAUUGCCAAAGUCCCCUCGAUCCACGAAGUCUACCUAAUCGGCUACUACGACGAGUCCGUCUUCCGGGACUUCAUCAAGGAUGCCGUCCACGAAUUCCCCCAGCUGACCAUCAAGUACCUGCGGGAGUACCAAGCGCUGGGCACCGCCGGCGGCCUGUACCACUUCCGCGACAUCAUCCUCAAGGGCCGUCCGGAGCGCCUGUUCGUCCUCAACAGCGACGUGUGCUGCUCCUUUCCCUUGGGCGAGAUGCUCCGCCUCUUUGAAGAAAAAGACGCCGAGGCCGUGAUCCUGGGCACCCGCGUGGCGGAAGACGCAGCAACCAACUUUGGCUGUAUCGUGUCGGACGCGCACACGCGCCGCGUGCUGCACUACGUCGAGAAGCCCGAGAGCCACAUCAGCAACCUGAUCAACUGCGGUGUCUACCUCUUCGCCACGGAAGCCAUCUUCCCCUCCAUCCGCACGGCCAUCAAGCGCCGCACCGACCGGCCUAACCGCUUGAUCCGCUACCCGUCCGCCGAGAACCUCGAGUCCUCCUUCUUCGCCCAGCAGGCCGCCGACGAGGACGACGAGGAAUCCGAGAAGCGCUCCGAAGUCAUCCGUCUCGAGCAGGACAUUCUCUCCGACAUGGCCGACUCGAAGCAAUUCUUCGUCUAUGAAACCCAGGAUUUCUGGCGGCAGAUCAAGACGGCCGGGUCCGCCAUCCCCGCCAACGCGCUGUACCUGCAGAACGCGUGGCAAUCGGGCUCCUUGGAGCUGGCUCAGCCUCAGCCGAACCACAUCAUCGCGCCCGUCUUCAUCCACCCCACGGCCCGCGUCGACCCCACCGCCAAGUUGGGUCCCAACGUCAGCAUCGGUCCCCGCGCCGUGGUGGGCGCUGGUGCCCGUGUCAAGGAGUCGAUUGUGCUGGAGGACAGCGAGAUUAAGCACGACGCUUGUGUCCUGUACUCCAUCAUCGGCUGGAACAGCCGCGUGGGUGCCUGGGCCCGUGUCGAGGGUACGCCGACGCCCGUGACGAGCCACACGACGAGCAUCAUCAAGAAUGGCGUCAAGGUGCAGGCCAUUACGAUUUUGGGCAAGGAGUGUGCCGUUGGUGAUGAGGUGCGCGUGCAGAACUGCGUGUGCUUGCCGUUCAAGGAGUUGAAGAGGGAUGUUGCCAACGAGGUUAUCAUGUAGAGGUGACGAGAUAGCAGGUGUCAAAAGAUCUGACGCGAAUGGAUGGAUGGAUGACAAGAUACCACUGGAGCCGAAGCCGCUUCAAACUUAAUCAAAAAGAACUAAUGCAAUAUCAGCCGAUGUUUGGCAAUCUACCAUCAGACUCACUGUAUCUCGCUGCGGGAAAAAGGCCGCGUAGCUAGAUACAUCACAGAUAGCCCAGUUGGAGCACAUUCCCACGGCCAGAGAAAAGUUCAACAGUACUGAUAACAUUU